GAAGUUUGAAGAAGAUGUUGAAGAUGGUGGGGAGAGGUGGAGUAAACCAUAUGUUGCUACUUUAUCACUUCAUAGCUUGUUUGAAGUGAGAAGUUGUAUCCUUAACGGCACAGUCUUACUAGACAUGAGAGCAAAUUCUUUAGAAGAAAUCGCAGAUAUGAUUCUUGAUCAACAAGUAGGGUCCGGACAGCUCAGUGAGGAUGUUCGCCACAGAGUCCAUGAGGCGUUACUCAAACAGCAUCAUCAUCAGAACCAAAAGAAAUUAAGCAACAGGAUCCCAAUAGUCAGGUCCUUUGCUGACAUUGGCAAGAAACAGUCUGAACCCCAUUCCAUGGACAAAAAUGGUCAGAUUGUUUCCCCACAGUCUGCACCAACCAUUGAAACCAAAAAUGAUGUCAGCCGAGAAAACAGCACUGUUGACUUUAGUAAGGUUGAUCUACAUUUCAUGAAAAAAAUCCCUCCUGGAGCUGAAGCCUCAAACAUUUUGGUUGGUGAGCUUGAAUUCUUGGAUCGUGCUGUAGUCGCUUUUGUUAGAUUGUCUCCUGCUAUGUUGCUCUCAGGAUUGACAGAAGUUCCAAUCCCAUCAAGAUUUUUAUUUAUUCUUCUGGGACCCUUGGGAAAAGGUCAACAGUAUCAUGAGAUUGGCAGGUCAAUUGGAACAUUAAUGACAGAUGAGGUAUUUCAUGAUGUUGCGUAUAAAGCUAAGGAUCGCAGUGACUUAGUCGCUGGAAUUGAUGAGUUUCUUGAUCAAGUGACAGUUCUCCCUCCAGGAGAAUGGGACCCAACAAUUCGUAUAGAACCUCCCAAAAAUGUUCCUUCUCAGGAGAAACGUAAAAUUCCAGGUGUACCAAAUGGAACUGCUGCUCAUGGAGACCCAGAGCCACUUGGAGGACAUUCGGGGCCAGAAUUACAACGCACUGGAAAGCUCUUUGGGGGCUUGGUAUUAGAUAUCAAGAGGAAAGCGCCAUUCUUUUUGAGUGACUUCACCGAUGCAUUCAGCUUGCAGUGUCUAGCAUCUUUUCUAUUCCUCUAUUGUGCUUGUAUGUCUCCUGUUAUCACAUUUGGCGGUUUGCUGGGAGAAGCAACAGAGGGUCGUAUAAGUGCAAUAGAAUCUCUGUUUGGCGCAUCAAUGACUGGAAUAGCUUACUCACUGUUUGGUGGGCAGCCUCUUACCAUAUUGGGUAGCACAGGACCAGUUUUGGUGUUUGAAAAGAUAUUAUUCAAAUUUUGCAAGGAAUACGGACUGUCUUACCUUUCUUUGCGAGCGAGCAUUGGUUUAUGGACUGCAAUUCUGUGCAUCAUUCUCGUUGCGACCGAUGCAAGUUCUUUGGUGUGCUAUAUUACUCGGUUUACGGAAGAAGCUUUUGCAUCUCUUAUCUGCAUCAUUUUCAUUUAUGAGGCCUUAGAAAAGCUCUAUCAUCUCAGAGAAACAUAUCCGAUCAACAUGCAUAAUAACUUGGAACUUCUAACACAAUACUCAUGCAGCUGUGUGGAACCAGAUAACCCAAGCAAUACUACCUUACAAUAUUGGCAGUCAAAGAACAUGUCCUCAUUUGCGAUACCUUGGGGAAACCUUACUGUGACUGAAUGCAAGAACUGGAAAGGGAUGUUUGUUGGACAAGCCUGUGGCCAUCACGAGCCUUACGUUCCAGAUGUCCUCUUCUGGUCAGUCAUCUUAUUCUUUUCUACAGUCAUACUGUCGUCCACACUGAAGCAGUUCAAGACUAGCCGAUACUUCCCAACCAAGGUUCUUCAUUUUUUCAUGCCUCCUGUCACUACCAAUUUACUGAGACGAUAUAUAUCUUCCAUCUACUCUUUGCAGUUUAUUCCCAUGCCAGUACUUUAUGGUGUAUUUCUUUACAUGGGUGCCUCUUCUCUCAAAGGAAUUCAGCUUUUUGACAGAAUCAAGUUAUUCUGGAUGCCUGCCAAACACCAACCAGAUUUCAUCUACCUAAGGCAUGUUCCCCUUCGAAAAGUCCAUCUCUUCACAGUAAUCCAGCUGAGCUGUCUUGUGUUACUAUGGGUUAUUAAAGUUUCAAAAGCUGCCAUUGUAUUUCCGAUGAUGGUCUUGGCAUUGGUGUUUGUCAGAAAACUCAUGGAUUUCUUUUUCACCAAACGUGAGUUAAGCUGGUUGGAUGAUUUGAUGCCAGAGAGUAAGAAAAAAAAACUUGAAGAUGCUGAAAAAGAGGAGGAACAAAGUAUGUUAGCAAUGGAAGAGGAAGGAACAGUCCAGUUGCCACUUGAAGGGCACUGCAGAGAUGACCCAUCUGUCAUAAAUAUUUCUGAUGAGAUGGCAAAAACAGCUGUAUGGAAGACAAUGUUGAUAUCAUCAGAAAAUGCCAAGGACAAGGAGUCCAGCUUUCCUGCUAAAAGCACUGAAGGCCGACGAGAGAAGAAAGCUGACUCAGGGAAAGGUGUGGAUCGUGAGACUUGUCUGUAACUUGCUCCUCAGUGUGUUUAAAGAAAAAAAAAACCAGAAAUGCAGGAGUGCCGCAAUCAUUAAUGUUCCAGGUUUGAUUGCCCCCUUGUACAUCUUGUGCAUCAUCUCACAGUAGCACUGGUAUAAUGUAAGUCGUGCAGUAUGUGCUUCAGUUCAUUGUCUGCUCUUUGGUUCUGGCCGAAGCAGUGCAGAAAAUGGGGUUAGCCAAUGAAACCUUGUUGGGGUUCCACAGUUGAAACCCUUGGGAUAUGUGAACCAGUGUUUCCAUUCCAACCUCUCUCUGUAGAGUUGGACAUA